AGUCCCAGCAGCUCCCGCUGCGGCCCUCGGCCGGCCCCUCUCGCUCCCCGGGAGCGCCUGGCGGGGCCGCUGGGCCGAGGGGGCCGCCGGCGGGGCUGGCGGGCGGGGGGCUUCCUGCGGGCCCGGGGGGCGCCGGCGGCCGGCGCGGGCGCGGCGGGCCGGGCAGGGGCGAGGGGCGCCGGGUCUUGCCCCAGAAAUUGCUGGCACAUCCACGCCUGAAAUGCGGCGCUCAGUCCUGGUCAGGAACCCAGGCCACAAAGGCCUGAGACCCGUUUAUGAAGAGCUCGACUCUGACUCUGAGGACCUAGACCCCAAUCCUGAAGAUCUGGACCCGGUUUCUGAAGACCCAGAGCCUGAUCCUGAAGACCUCAACACUGUCGCGGAAGACCUGGACCCCAGCUAUGAAGAUCUGGAGCCCGUCUCGGAGGAUCUGGACCCCGACGCCGAAGCUCCGGGCUCGGAACCCCAAGAUCCCGACCCCAUGUCUUCGAGUUUCGACCUCGAUCCAGAUGUGAUUGGCCCCGUACCCCUGAUUCUCGAUCCUAACAGCGACACCCUCAGCCCCGGCGAUCCAAACGUGGACCCCAUCUCCUCUGGCCUCACUGCCACCCCCCAGGUCUUGGCCACCAGCCCCACGGUGCUCCCCGCCCCCGCCAGCCCGCCCCGGCCCUUCUCCUGCCCGGAUUGCGGGCGAGCCUUCCGCCGCAGCUCCGGGCUGAGCCAGCAUCGCCGUACCCACAGCGGCGAGAAGCCGUACCGUUGCCCCGACUGCGGGAAGUCCUUCAGCCACGGUGCCACCCUGGCGCAGCACCGUGGCAUCCACACCGGGGCGCGGCCCUACCAGUGCGCGGCCUGCGGCAAGGCCUUCGGCUGGCGCUCCACGCUGCUGAAACAUCGCAGCAGCCACAGCGGGGAGAAGCCGCACCACUGCCCGGUGUGUGGCAAGGCCUUCGGGCACGGCUCGCUCCUGGCACAGCACCUGCGCACGCACGGCGGCCCGCGGCCCCACAAGUGCCCGGUGUGCGCCAAGGGCUUCGGCCAGGGCUCUGCGCUGCUCAAACACCUGCGCACGCACACGGGCGAGCGGCCCUACCCGUGUCCGCAGUGCGGCAAGGCCUUCGGGCAGAGCUCGGCUCUGCUGCAGCACCAGCGCACACACACGGCCGAGCGCCCCUACCGCUGCCCCCACUGCGGCAAAGCCUUCGGGCAGAGCUCCAACUUGCAACACCACCUGCGCAUCCACACGGGCGAGCGGCCUUACGCCUGCCCGCACUGCUCCAAGGCCUUCGGGCAGAGCUCAGCGCUGCUCCAGCACCUGCACGUGCAUUCGGGCGAGCGUCCCUAUCGCUGUCAGCUCUGCGGGAAGGCCUUCGGCCAGGCCUCCAGCCUCACCAAGCACAAGCGGGUGCAUGAGGGUGCAGCCGCUGCUGCAGCUGCCGCGGCUGCUGCAGCUGCAGCAGCGGCCGCCGGCCUGGGCCUCGGGCCUGGCCUAAGCCCUGCAUCCAUGAUGAGGCCGGGGCAGGUCUCUCUCCUGGGUCCUGAUGCUGUUUCUGUGCUCGGCUCUGGCUUGGGCCUCAGCCCUGGCACCAGCUCUGGCCGCAACCCUGACCCUGGCUCUGGGCUGGGCACUCUGCCGGAUCCCAGCUCCAAACCCCUCCCCGGCUCCAGAUCCACCCCCAGCCCUACUCCUGUGGAAUCUUCUGACCCGAAGGCUGGGCACAACGCUGGUCCCGACCUUGUGCCCAGCCCAGGCCCUGAUCUUGUGCCCAGUCCAGACCCUGAUCCUGUGCCCAGCCCUGAUCCCAACCCUGUGUCCUGCCCUGACCCCUGCUCUCCCACUCAUGGCACUGUCAGCCCAGCCCUCCUUACCGGCGAGAGUCCAGAGUGGGUACAGGAGCAAGGGGCACUGCUGGGGCCUGAUGGCUGAAGGAGACGCCGGCAUCCUCGGGGGCCUGGGGAAGUUGUGUGUUGUGCAGUUAGUAAAAUCCUCCCACUGCCUCCGG